UUACACCCGCUUAUUCUUUUCAUUCUCCCGAGCGUCCCAAAAUCGAGAAGGAUCUCCCCCUGCGACCGACAAGCCGUGGAGAUCCGGAGUAGACGUCGUCUUAAUCCAUUGCAUUUACGAAACUCCCCGAUUCGAAGUGAUCGAUUGCCCUUUGUCUGUUUGGUUGCCGGGAAAGGGUAAAGAGAAAACGAAACAAGACUGUUUGAUUUGCCGGGAAGAGAAAGGGUAAGAAGAGAAAGUAAAAUGAACAAGUUAGGAUAUGGGUUGAACCUGAGGCUGUCGGCGCAACAGAAGAAGCAACAGUCGUCAAAACCACCCCGUCCACCUCCUUUUGGCUUUAAUGAUGAGGAUGAAGACAAUGUCGAAAGAGAGAUUUCUCGGCAGGCUAGCAAGAACAAGUCCCUCAAGGAUAUUGAGGAACAGCAAAAGAAAGCCCUGGAAGAGGAUCCCACAGUAUUUGAUUAUGAUGGAGUUUAUGACGAAAUGAAACAGAAGGCUGUUCUACCUCGAGUGCAAGAUCGGGAAGAGAGAAAAUCAAGAUAUAUUCAGCUAUUGAAAGAAAAAACUAAAGAACGUGAGCAAUACCGCGAGGUUGUGUUUGAGAGAAAAAUUGCUAAAGAGAGAAGCAAAGAUGACCACCUCUAUGCAGACAAGGACAAAUUUGUUACAGGUGCUUACAAAAGGAAACUUGAAGAGCAGGCAAAAUGGAUGGAGGAAGAACGUAAGCGUGAAUUGCGAGAGGCAAAGGAGGAUGUUACAAAGAAGAGUGACUUGAGUGAUUUUUACUUCAACCUUGGAAAAAAUGUUGCUUUUGGUGCAAAUGAUACUGAGUUGAGGAAGCCAGAGAAACAGGCCGACUCAAGGAAGGCAGAAAGACAGCCUGAGUUACGUGAGCCAGAGAAGCUUGGAGAAAAAAGCUCUGCAGGUGUAUCAGAUAAAGUUGGGCCAUCAGAUAACUUAAAUUUACCUUUGGAGGUUUCAGGCAUGGAGGAAAAGCAUCAAAGUUCAGCUUCCACUCUACCUGAGAGACAGUUCUUGUCCCCAGAUGUAAUGCCAGCUACCAACACUUCAGCUCAAGAAACUGUAGGUGAACAACCAUCAGCAGAACAGCCGAAGCAGGACCAUCAUAAGAGGAAUGAAGAUGCCGUAGCUGCAGCUAAAGAACGGUUUUUGGCACGGAAGAAGGCUAAAGAGCAGAGCUGAUUCCAGUCUAUUCUUCACACGAGCUUUUGCCUGUGCGUGUACAUCUUGGCUAUUUGAUCUUAAAUUGUGGCUCAGCAAUGUAUGCAAUGCAGAGACCUUAAAGCCAAUGACCUGAGACUUACCACACACGGGUACGUAGAGUAGGCUUAUAUGAGUCCGUGUGAAUCUUUGAAUUUCAGGUUACCAAACAUGUGGAAUGUUGUUUGCUAUAUUAUCAUACCGCUGAGUUGGCGGAGUGAUUGAUU